CCAAUCGGCGGCCGAGGCUUCAGGUGUCGGGGGAAUGUUUUGACAGAAAUGUUGGAAACGGACGUUCAAGCUGUGUUUCCACAGGUUUCUCUCACAGCGCAGGUUAGUGCAGAAGAAGAGUUUGAAGACGCAACGCACAGACGUGUCCGCGUUUGUUUAUGCUAGCUACGCAUGCUUCUGUUUUUAGCAAUUAGCCAGCUAGCAAGAAUGCGUUGAGCUAGCUAACGUGUUGAUCUGAGUCUGGUUGUUAUGAUCUAUGGACGUGUGUUCCUUGCUGUUUUCCUCUGGACCCCAUACAGAUGAGAUAGUUGGCAAAAUGGACGCCCCAUGCCCCAUCAGCCCCUCAGACUGAUUUCCAGUAACCCGGAAUCCACCUCCCCUCCCAGCAGGACGAACCCAAACCAGUGGCUUCCUUUCUCUUCUAUGACAAACCAAAUUUACGCCCAGCUAGAUUCAGUGGAAUCGCUCCUGGACGAUCUCCCCUAUAUGUUUUAUCUGGGCCUGUUCUUCGUGAACGUGCUGAUCCUGUACUACGCCUUCCUGAUGGAGUACAUCGUCCUGAACGUGGGGAUAGUGUUCCUGCCCGAGGACAUGGACCAGGCGCUGGUGGACCUCGGGGUGCUGUCCGACCCGGCCUCUGUCCCCUACGACACGGACACGGACCUGGACGUGUUCGAGGGCUUCCUGGAGUAACGGGCUGGUCCUGGAGGAGGUCAUCAUCUUCAUCAUCAUCGUGGUGUUGGUGGUGGUGAUGAAGAGGUCCAGGCUGAACUCUUCCUGCUCAGGGAUGCGGGGAACUAAUCUGAUGCUGCCGUUGCCUUUGUCUCACACAGACACAUCAGUUCAGAAGUUGUCUCGGCUCAAGAGAAGGUAGCCAGAGGAAGUGAUAAAGCCCCGCCGGCCGUGUCAUGACUGUCCCGAGCAAUCUGCACCGGAUCAGCUGCCAGUCAGUCUGCGACCAUUCUAAAAAACACUCGACUCGAGUCGGACAUCAGGGAGUUCGCGUGGAAAUCUGUGUCAUUUGCUGUGGACGCAGUGGAGUAUGACACGGUAGCAGAAUGUGCUGCAGGUGGAGAGACACAGCUGUUUCCUGUUGCACAGAACUGAAUGUUUUCUGAAACGUGGAGCAUGUUUCAGGCUGGCUGCGCCGCUGCCAGUCCAGAUCCAGCAACUGGCAUUUACACCCAUCACUUAUCCAGGCUGUGCAAGAUCUGGUGGCUGACUGCAGAAGGAAGUAAUUAUAUUCACUUGCGACCAAAAGCCCCAGUGUGACGUGCUUCACAGUAAGAGGAAGUGGCAACGUGCGGAAUGUACAUCUGUCGCAGACUUAACCACCCGCAGAAGAACAUGCUUUACCCUUUUGUCCUUUUACAUUUUAAGGAAAACAUGUUGCUGCUUUGCAGGCCCACUCAUCCUUGAAGAACAAUUUAAAAUGUGUCGUUUGAGGCCAAUCAUACUGUAUGUGUGCUUCAGGGACGUGCACACUCUCAGGAGCACAGUUAGGAAUUCUGGGCACAUUGACACUCACAGUGACACUGGACACAGGCUGUGCAACUAUAGGUUGUAUCUGUUGGAGAGCUCUUAACUCUUUAAGCUCACUUAUAAAUCAGGAUCACCGCCCUGCAUGUGUCACAGUCUUCACUGUUGUGAAUAAAAGCAUCUCAGUAGGUCUUCUGUUAACCUAUGGUUCAAUUAUUGUGACCAGAAAACAAUUAACUGUUAUAGAUUAGUUAUGACAAAUGGCCAAUCACGCCAAAAUGAUAUCAAUAUGAGGUGUUUCAGUUAUGCACAUGUUCAUAUAAUGUUACAGAUGUGUUUGACACACGAGACUCGGGAGCAUGACAUCGGUUGUGUUGUUUAUUUUAGUUGUCGAAUUCUGUUUUAUUGCACUUUCUUUGUUAUGAAUAUAGAAUUCAGUUCAUUAGAGGUAUAUUCUCUCCAGCAAUAAUAAACUGGAUUUAACCAAUGGGGGAGUUUAAUAGUUAAACAUAUGAGAUAACGUACAGAAUCAGGUAGUUAUUCCAUGUAUCAGCUGGAUUUCAUUGUGGAGGGGAAGAAGAAAAUCGCCUUGGGGCAGUGAAGCCCAGAGAUUUAAGUACAGUGCAACCAGUGUUUUCUGGCAAAAUAAUGUCCAGAAUAAACUAAUUAUGUACAAUCAUCAUGGCGCUACUGGGUGGUGACCGUUUCAGACCUUUUCAAAAUAAGUGCACAUGCAUAUAAUACUCCUACAGAUCAACUGGUACGAAUCAGUGACGGCUAAUAACCAAAUUAUUAGAAUCUUUUGGACUAGGGCUGUCUUUAAGCAAUAUAUAAUGUAUCGGUAAAUUUGCAUUUUUAUUUGUAUGUCCAUCAGUUGGUCCAAAUGAAUUCUAUUUUUUUGAUAAAAGAUAAAAACAUCUUCAGAAACCUUACACUAAGGCUCAGAAAUCAGGAUACAAAUAUUCUUUAAAUAAUAAAAACACAUAUUUGUGGAAACUGCUCAGAUAGACUCCGGUAAGGGCUUCCUGUAGAUUAAUAGUGAAUAUUUAACUCAAGAAAGUAUUUAAUCAAUCUCCAUCAUGCUGGAAAUGGGCGACAAUAACAGGCCAAUAAUGAUAAUAAUAAUAUAUUUUUGUUAAACUAAUACGUAUUGUCAACAGAUGGGUGAGUUGCAUCUCAAUGUCACUCCCUCUCCUGAGGAAUCAGCAAGUGAAGAUGGGAAGGAUUCUGGUUUUGUGUGGAAAGUGUUUCUUAAUCGCCGGUGAAAGACGGUGUGUGCCAUGAUACCAGGCUGUGUUGUUCUGGCUCUGAUCGACUCAUGUGCUCAGUGUUUCAUUCAUCAAUCAGGACUGUGACAGGUCAGUUUGUCAAAUGCCGUCAUCAUCAUCAUCCAAACACAACUAGUGCUUGUUCCCUCCCUCCCAUCUGUAGACCUGCACACGUUAUAAUAAGCAAUGGAUCAUAGCAGAGUCGAAUUUUGCCAAGGCGUCUGUUUAAUAAACUGAGUGAAUGCCA